AUUUUCAUUGAAACAGCAGCGAUUUUCUAAGAAAUUCACUUUCUUUUUUCUUGCCAAUUUUCCUGGGUAUCAAAAUUGCGCGGUAAUAAUUCCGCGCCAAUUUUCACUUCCCCCUCCCGUCACAUGUGGCGCUACUGGCGUCCCAUCAGCUGUUUUUGUCAUCUGGCUGGAGGGUUUUUGUGUUUGUGUUUGUGCACGGAAGAGAAAAGAGAGAAGCAGAGAAAAGUGACUUAAAAAACAUUUAAAAUAAAUAGAAUAUCAACUAGAACAAUCGUGAAAAAGUUCAUGGGAAAAUGAUUUACAAGUCAAUCGUGUGAUGACAGUGAGGAAUUUCGACAACUGAUAAAGUGUUGUAAAUAUCAGCAAGUUGUCUAAAUCUCCCGGACUAUCCAGUAGUACAAUCUUAUCGGGUGUAGAGAGAGGGCAGAAAAGUCAAUUGGAGGAGAGAUUUUGCGUAGCAGAAAAAAAAUGACCCAUAUCAGCAAAUUGGCAGGGAUUCCCACAACCUGCGUGGAAUAUAUGCAUCCGUGGACAGAUCACUGUGUCAAUGCCACAGCUGGACUCCUUCUGCAGGCCUGCAAAGAGUCUUUCCGGAUCUAUUCAGCAGUGUAUCUGCUGUCCCUCGUGAUGCGAGGGAAGAUCCCUACGAAAAAGGAUGUUAGGCGAACCAUCCAGGGCAUGCUGCAGAGUACAGCAUUCCUCACAACAAAUGCCUUCACAUUUUCCAUGUUUGUCUGCCUCCUGAGACGUUGGCUUGGUAAGCUGUACUUCAUAACCGUGGCAUUUGUUCCUUCCUGGCUGGCUAGUUUUUUCGCCAUCCUCGUUGAACGUCCUUCCCGCCGGGGACUCCUCUGUCUCUACGUUGCAAAUGUCGCCACCGAAACGUACUGGAGGAUGCUGGAGUCCAGAGGCCUUGUGCGUCCAGUGAAGCACGGUCGUGUGAUCAUCUUUGGCCUCAGUGCCACCCUCCUGCUCUUCUACUACCGUUCAGGGCUGCACAAGACCCAGAACGAUGGUCUAUUUGACAUAAUUCGCUUCGUUGUGGGACGCAGUGAGGAAGGAAAAGUCGAUGAAGCCCCAGAACCUCCACUUCCUCGCCCAGCAGCAUUCCCACUCCGAGGAGUAGUUAAAGCUGUCCAUAACAGGGUGAUGAGGCUGCUAAAAUCCCUCCCACGGCACUUUUCAUGCCCCCAUAGAGACUCCUGCGCCUCCUACACUUUCCAGGGUGGCUCUAAGCUCUUCUGCGUGGGCCUGGGACUCCAAGUGACCCUGUCCCUCGUCUUCCAAAUGGGCAAGAUCAUUCGCAAUCCCGCCGCACUUAAGCGCAUCUUCCGGAACCGCGAAGUACUGAAGAUUGCUCUCUUCCUUGGCGGAUUUUCUGCCCUUUUCAGAGCCACAUCCUGCUCUCUGAGGCACCUUAUCGGCCGGGAUUCACCGUACUAUGCCCUGCCGGCAGGACUUCUGGCCAGUACAAUGUUCUCUCAGUAUCCGGACACCAGUGUUUGCCUGUACAUCAUGUGGAAGAUGCUACAGAUCACCUACAAACUGGGCAUCGAGCGGAAGGUCCUUCCUCGAGUUCCCGGAGCCACAAUCUUUCUCUAUUGCACCUUCACAGCCACCCUCUUCCAUGCAGCAAUGGUGGAGCCCCUAAAUCUCCGGGAAAGCUACUGGAAGUUCCUCCAUUCACUCUCCGGAGGCCGUUCAGCGGCCAUUGAUCGAAUUCCCGUGGAUUUAUGGGGCCUGGAGACCAGCAAGGCUCUCACAGAAGUGCUAAAACGCACCCGGACAGACCUCAAUGUGAAGUUCCUUUUCUAGCCUGGGAAAAUCAUUCCACACAAAAAACAAAGGAUGCUUUUUUGUUAUAGGGAUUUUUAUUUUUGCAUUUGUUAUUUUUGGAAAUACAACCGAGGAUGCUUUUAGACUUCCUCUUCGUUGAGCAACA